AUGUGUGACGCCUCCAACUAUGCAGUAGGAGCGGUGCUGGCUCAGCGCGAAGGUGGCGACGGUUUACCACCCGCAGACAAUGGACAUGCCGAGGUGUCUAACAAAGAGAUAAAGCGUAUCUCAGAGAAGGCCGUCAAGCCUCAUCGAAAAGACUGGAGUACCAUACUUGCAGAUGCGCUUUGGGCUUAUUGGACAGCGUACAUGACACCAAUCGGAAUGAGUCCCUUCUGCCUAGUCUAUGGAAAGGCUUGCCACUUCCCAGUGGAGAUGGAGCACAAAGCUUUCUGGGUGGUACGGGAAUGUAUCCUGGGAUUGGCGGGAGCCGGAGCUGAAAGGAAGCUGCAAUUACAAGAACUGAAGUGCCUUUUCCUAGAAGCAUAUGAGAACUCCCGGCUAUACAAAGAGAAGGUAAGGGCUGUGCAUGACAAGAAUAUCAAGCGAAGGGAGUUCAAACCUGGGGAGUUAGUCCUUCUCUAUAACUCAAGGCUGAGGCUGAUGCCAGGUAAGCUAAGAUCUAGAUGGGAAGGCCCUUACAGGGUAGAAAAGGCUGAGCCGUAUGACGUCUUCCACUUGAGUCACCCUUCAAGCCCCAAUAUCCUCAAGGUCAAUGGCCACCGCUUGAAGCUUUACCAUGGUGAGAAGAUGAAGGAUAACAAGGAGCUAGAGAUCUUCCUCUUGGAGGAUCCACCAACAGAAGAAGAUUGA